AUGGCGGAUCAGCUUACCGAGGAGCAAAUCGCAGAGUUCAAAGAGGCUUUUAGCCUUUUUGACAAAGAUGGAGACGGAACCAUCACAACCAAGGAGCUUGGGACUGUCAUGAGGUCUUUGGGUCAAAACCCGACAGAGGCUGAACUUCAGGACAUGAUUAACGAAGUCGACGCUGACGGCAACGGCACGAUCGACUUCCCAGAAUUUUUAACUCUGAUGGCCCGCAAGAUGAAGGACACGGAUUCAGAAGAAGAGCUGAUUGAGGCCUUUAAAGUUUUUGACAGAGACGGAAACGGCUUGAUCUCAGCGGCAGAGCUGCGCCAUGUCAUGACGAAUUUGGGGGAGAAACUGACGGACGAGGAAGUUGACGAGAUGAUCCGGGAGGCAGACAUAGACGGUGAUGGUCAGAUCAAUUAUGAGGAGUUCGUGGGGAUGAUGCUUGCGAAGUAA